GGCACAUCCAACAUCGACAACGACAGCGACAGCGUAUGCCUCAUCGUCCCCUCUCUUGACCAGAUACAGCCCGUCGUCGACAUACAGAACAAGAGGAGAAAAGGGUUAGCGGGAUGUCCGGCAUCCGCGCUAUUGUCCUCGUCUGCGUCACCUCUUUCUUCCUAGGGACACUAUGCACCCACUGGACAGCAGACUCGCUCACAAUGUGGAACCCGCCGCUCACCCCGGCCCACCUCGCAUCCGCAGCGACGUACUACGCCCACCUUGCCCACCUACCCGCGUACAUGCUCUGGGUGCUCGCUGGGCUAGCGCUGGGCGGGAUGGGGGUCCUCCUGACCAACUUUUUCGAUUGGAGGGAUGUGAGCUUGUUUGACUGGGCGAGUUUGUUCUUGUACGCCUUUUCGGGGUUUAUAUACCUCUAUUCUGUCAUCCCCAAUAUCCUCCGUUUCGCCACCUACACUACACCCCUCACACCGCCCACCGAGUUCCCUCUCCCGCUCCGCAACCCCUUGCUGGAACUCGCCUCCUCCCACCUCUUCUGCAGCGUCGCCCUCACCGGCGUCAUCUUCCUGCAAGGCGGGCGUUGGUGGGCCGAGGGGGAGGACGAGACCUGGGACCAGGGAGCGGAGGAGAGGCGGAGGCUGUUGAGGGGUAAGAAAGCGGAGGGGAAGAACCACCCGAAGAAAAGGAGCGGGAAGAGGAGGAAGGGUCUCUUGCGUGGGUUUGGGAGGGGUGGGGGGAGUCAGUAGUUUCCAGGUAGUGGGUAUGGGGUGUUGCUCGGGUGCGGGUGCGGGCGCGGGCAGGAUGAGCGUCGAGCGUCGAGCGACGAGCACCGAGUCUGAGCAGGAGGUGGACGGCAUUGCAUGACACUCAUCGAGCACAUAUAAUAUUCCAUUCACUUGGCU